GAAACCUUUACGCUUCGCAUUUUCUUUUCGUUGUUACCUGAAAAAUUCGGAACAAAUUCAGCGUCCCGUUGUUUCUAUUGCAUGACAAUCGAGGCUCGCCUGGUAGACGACGCUACAGCUUCCAUCAUCUCCGACGGUACCUACUACGCUCUUCUGAUCCCCUGUCUUAUACCAGUGUUUAUCACUUUUCACUUUUUUAUCUGGUUAGGGCACGAAUUCUUUGUAAAUAAUUGAAUAAAAGCAAAUAAUAUGGCAAACGUAGACGCUAUUCCUGGUUAUCUUGCCGGAACUUUCCCUACACUUCCAGUAGAAAUCAAAGAUUAUGUUGCUUCCAUACUGAAAGAAAACGUCGAUGAAAUUUUGACACUGGAAGAUGUCAUAGAAGCUGUAGGAGAUCAUCUUCAAAGUUAUGUAGAAGAGCUGCAAAACGAUGGUUUGAAUAAAACUUGUUUACAACUGCUACAAUUUCUUCACGGAGAGAAUUUGCCAAAGGUGGAAAGGCAUGGAACUACCACGAAAAAACUAGAUCAAGCGGUAGACAUGGCUGCCGAAAACUUGAAUUUCGCUGAAAUGGAAAGCAUAUGGAAACUGCAAGCUAGGGAUGUUCCAACUUCUGUGGACAAGAAGAAACUAGGAAAAGCCGAAAAUCGAAUAGCACAAAAAGCCGAACAGCGUGAGGCCGAGCCAGUCGUUCGGAAGAAACGACCGGAAUGUACUGCAACUGCUUCACAGGCGCCUGUAAAAGAAUUGGGAACUCGUGGAGUUAAUGUAAAAGAUGUAAAAUUGGAAAGCGUUGAUAUCUCAAUUGGAACUAAACAGCUUCUUUCAUCUGCAGAUCUGACCCUCGCUUAUGGACGACGUUAUGGUCUAGUAGGCCGUAAUGGUAUCGGAAAAACAACGCUUAUUAGCAUGAUUUCGAGUGGGCAUCUACGAAUUCCGGCUGGAAUCACUUUGCUAUCUGUCGAACAAGAAGUCGUAGGUGAUGAUACUCGUGUCAUAGAUGCUGUACUGGCGUCUGAUUCUCGAAGGCAGGCAAUGAUUGAGAAGGAACAUGUAUUACAAGCUAGGCUGAAUAAAGAGAACAUAUCUGAAGCCGAGAAGAACAAAUGGAGUGAUGAAUUAUCAAAACUAUAUGCCGAAAUGGAACAUCUGCAACUAGAUAAGGCUCCCGCUCGAGCUUCCUCAAUCCUUUUUGGUCUUGGUUUCACACCUGAUGAACAGAAGAAGCCAACCAGGGAAUUCUCAGGUGGAUGGAGAAUGCGUGUUGCUCUGGCGCGUGCUCUCUUUGUCAAACCCGAUUUGCUUCUUCUUGACGAACCGACGAACAUGUUGGAUAUGAGAGCUGUGUACUGGCUUGAAGGACAUCUACAGCAAUGGGAAGGUACGAUUCUUACCGUUUCCCACGAUAGAAAAUUCCUUAACGAAAUCUGCACCGAUAUUGUACAUCUGCAUACAAGAAGACUGGAUCACUACAAAGGAAACUACAAUAAUUUUGAAAAGACUAUGAAAGAGAAGUUAACGCAACAACAACGAGAAUAUGAAGCGCAGCAAACCUUGCGGCAGCACACACAAGAAUUUAUUGAUAAAUUCCGAUACAAUGCAAAACGUGCCGCUAUGGUCCAGAGUAGAAUAAAAAUGCUGGAAAAGCUACCUGUUUUACAUCCUGUUGAACUCGAUGCAGAUAUCCAUUUCAAAUUCCCUGAGUGCGAGGACUUGAAUAACCCUGUGCUACAACUUGAUGACGUUUCCUUCAGGUAUACCGAUGAUGCUCCGUUCAUAUUCCGAAAACUGGACCUUGGCACGCAUGCGCAUUCGCGAAUCUGCAUUGUUGGAGAAAAUGGAUCGGGUAAAACAACGUUACUGAAGUUGUUACUAGGAGAGCUAGAACCUUCUGUGGGUAUUCGCAACGCAAACCGACGAAUUCGAAUAGGCUACUUCACCCAACACCAUGUCGAUCAAUUGGAUAUGGAUAUGACCGCUAUCGAAGUGCUUGCGCAUAGAUAUCCAGGCAAAUCGCAAGAAGAGUAUCGUACAGCUUUGAGUCAUUUUGGAUUAGUCGGAGAUAUGGCUUUGCAAUCAGUGUAUACACUGUCUGGAGGUCAAAAAUCACGCUUAGCGUUCGCGAAUAUUGCUAUGUUGAAUCCCAACUACCUCAUUCUUGAUGAGCCUACUAACCAUCUAGAUGUAGAGACCGUUGCUGCACUUGGAGCAGCUUUGAAUAAGUUUGCGGGAGGUGUUGUUCUAGUAUCUCAUGAUGAGCAACUUAUCGAAAUGGGAGGUCUUGAGGAGUAUCGCAAACAAGUUUACAAACAGUUGCAAUUAGUUGGCUGA